UUUUUAGAAAACUGGGCGGAAGACGAUGGCGUUACGUUCCGUUGUCACAGCACCUCUAAAACGAUGCGUCGCUUACCAGAUUCGCAACUUUGGUGCACUGUCUAUCAAAGAAGUGUUAGGUGCGCAUCCUCCUGCCGAAGUUAGCACUCUAAAAAAUGGCCUUCGCAUAGCAGCUGAAGACAAUGGUAAACCUACAGCCACGGUGGGUGUAUGGAUCGAAACUGGAUCUCGAUACGAAAAUGAUGAGCACAACGGAGUCACUCAUUUUCUUGAGCGGCUUAUGCAUAAGGGAACAGGAAAGCGUGCUUCAGGCGCACUAAUAAACGAACUGGAAGCAAUUGGUGCCAAGUUAAAAUCUUAUACCAGUCGCGACUGCACUGCUGUUUACGUCCAGUCAGCAUCCGAAGAUGUAGAGCGAGUGGUCGACAUCCUCGCUGAUGUGUUACGGAAUAGCAAAAUUGACCCCUCGGUGGUGGAAGCUGAAAGAGGAAAAAUGCUUGCUGAGUUGGAAGAUUCCGAGUCUGAUCUUCAAAGAGUCACUAUGGACAAUCUUCACACUGCAGCAUUUCAGGGCACUUCACUAGCAAAGAGUCCUUUGGGAACCAGCACUUCACUGCAGAAUCUCACAGCAAAAAAUAUCAAGGAAUGGCAAGAGGAUACAUAUCGACCGAUCAGAAUGGUAAUUUCGGCUGUUGGAGGUGGAUGUUCGGCUUCUAAAAUUGAAAGCCUUGCCGAUAAGCAUUUUGGCGAUUUGAGUCCCGAGUAUCCAAGGAGGGUGCCCCAGGCUGGAGGGAUUCGUUUCACCGGAUGCGAAUACAGGUACCGCAACGACUACAUCCCUCACAUGCAUACAGCCGUAGCGGUCGAGGGUGUUUGUUAUGGACAUAGAGACGCCCUCGCUUUACAGAUGGCCAGUCAGUUUAUAGGACAGUGGGAUGUUACUCAUGCUACAACCCGUACCGCUCCGUCCCGAUGGAUUCAGAAAAUCUCACACGAUCAUGGGCUGCAUUACCUCCAGCAUUUUAACAUUAAUUACAAGGACACUGGCCUGUUUGGUGUGUAUUUCGUUAGCAAUGGCGAUGACAUAGUCAACUCACAAGGAAUUCUCAAAAGCAUUCAGCAUGAGUGGAAGCAUCUGGCGGGAGCUAUCUCUGAGGAGGAAACUACUUUGGCCCGCAAUCAGCUAAGAACCACUCUUUACCAGCAGCUGGAGUCGAAUACUGAGAAAGCAGAGUUUAAUGCGAAAGAGCUCCUAUACACUGGAUCCAUACGAUCUCUAGCUGAACUUGAGAAUCAAAUCGCAGACAUUGACCAAUAUACUUUGAGAAACGCUGUCUUCAAUCAUGUCUACGAUCGAGACACUGCCAAUGCUGGAGUCGGCAAGACGGAAGCUUUCGUCAAUUAUCACCACACUCGUUAUGGAAUGUCAUGGUGGCGAUUGUAGUGACUUCAAAAUCUCCAGUAGUUUGCAGUUUUAGACUCUGAAAUACCUCAUGCUGUCAUGCGUUUUCGAAUAAAUAUUGGUAUAUAGUCUUGAUUCAAAAAUGUUUAUGGGUGUAUACUACGAAUAUCUGCAUUUCAGUAGCUUUUGUGCAUGUUACAUGUUGAAUUUGGAAUGUUGUGGAUAGGGGGCUGCUGAGCC